CAUAUAGUAAAAAUCACAUAGUCUAAGAACCAACCAAAUCCGCUUAGCCAAUUAUUCCAUGGCCACCAUAUUCUCAGCACCGGCGAUCCUUUCCUCCGCCACGGCCACGGCCACCACCACUACCACUACCACAACCAAAACCCCACCAAAACCAAUACUUUUCCCCGCCACCAAACCACCUCUAACCACCCUUCUAACUGCCACAUUAGCAACUACCACCCUCCUCACAACUUCUCCAUCCUUUGCUGACCCUGCACAAAAAUUCAACAUUUACUACGGGACAGCCGCCAGCGCUGCAAACUACGGCGGGUACGGGGGCAACUCCGACAAGAGAGCGUCGGCGGAGUACGUGUACGACGUCCCAGAUGGGUGGAAAGAACGUUUGGUUUCAAAGGUUGAGAAGGGAACAAAUGGAACGGAUAGUGAGUUCUAUAACCCGAAGAAAAGAACUGAGAAAGAAUACUUAACGUUUUUGGCGGGGUUUCGGCAGCUGGCGCCAAAGGAUGUUGUGUUGAACAAUCUUGCUUUGAGUGAUGUGGAUUUACAGGACUUGAUAGCGAGUGCUGAUAAAGUGGAGUCUUUAGAGAAGAAGGAUGAGAAUGGACAGUUGUAUUACGUUUAUGAAGUUGAUGGCCUUAGUGCUCACAGUUUGAUUACUGUGACUUGUGCAAGGAAUAAGCUUUACGCACAUUUUGUUAAUGCGCCCACACCGGAGUGGAACAGAGAUCAGGACACAUUGAGGCAUCUUCAUGAGUCUUUUAAGACUGUUGGGUCUUCUUAAUUAAUAGUGCGUGUGUACAAAGUGAGGUAUUGAAGGUUGUUGUUAUUGAUCUUUAUAUUGAGUACGUUUGAUCUUCAAUUAUAACUUUGAAGGAAGAUUUUGCUGUAAUUACAUGUUCAUUGUUGCUUAAUUCUCUCUCCUUUUCUUUUUAAAUAGAAAAUGAGCAUCGAUUUUACCAGUUAGCAUCUUUCGUUCUUGUUAGAUUGAGAGUAAUGAGCCUUGAAAAUCAUUCAUGUUAUUGAGAAUUUGCAUUUAAGGAGACAACAUGUAAUAUCUGAAUCAAUGAGAUGAU